GGCGGUGGAGGCGGAUUUCCUGGGAGGGCUCUCUGGAGCUACCAUGGCGUUUGGGAAGAGUCACCGCGAUCCUUACGCUACCUCUGUGGGUCACCUCGUAGAAAAGGCUACCUUUGCUGGAGUUCAGACUGAAGACUGGGGCCAGUUCAUGCAUAUCUGUGACAUAAUUAACACCACACAGGACGGGCCAAAAGAUGCAGUAAAGGCUUUGAAGAAAAGGAUCUCCAAAAACUAUAACCACAAACAAAUCCAACUUUCCUUAUCACUCAUUGACAUGUGCGUGCAGAACUGUGGCCCGAGUUUCCAAUCUCUGAUUGUGAAGAAGGAGUUCAUUAAAGAUACUCUAGUUAAGCUGCUGAAUCCCAGAUACACCUUACCGCUGGAGACUCAGAACAGAAUCUUGAAUUUCAUUAAGACCUGGUCCCAGGGCUUCCCAGGAGGUGUAGAUGUGAGUGAAGUGAAGGAAGUGUACCUUGACCUGCUGAAGAAAGGGGUUCAAUUCCCACCCUCGGAUGGAGAGCCUGAGACACGGCAGGAGGCUGGUCAGAUCUCACCAAAUCGACCGACAUCUGUCCCCACUGCGCCUGCUCUUUCUUCAAUAAUUGCUCCCAAGAACCCGACUAUUUCCUUAGUCCCAGAACAGAUCGGGAAGCUGCAUAGUGAACUGGAUAUGGUGAAGAUGAAUGUGAAAGUGAUGACAGCCAUAUUGAUGGAGAACACUCCUGGCUCUGAAAACCAUGAAGACAUCGAGCUCCUGCGGAAACUUUACAAGACGGGUCGGGAGAUGCAGGAGAGGAUCAUGGACCUGCUGGUGGUAGUGGAAAAUGAAGAUGUGACUAUGGAGCUAAUUCAAGUGAACGAGGAUCUGAAUAAUGCCAUCCUUGGAUACGAGAGGUUUGCUCGAAACCAACAAAGGCUUUCGGAACAGAAGAGGAACCCAACAGAAGCGACCAGUACUUCCAGCGAGCCCUCUGCUCCUUCCUGCGAUCUCCUCGACCUAAGUCCCAUCGUGCCAGUGCCUACGCCCAACGAAGGAGCACUCAACUCCGUGAACGCUCAGCUUUCAGGCCUAAGUGUCAGCUCUCCGAGCCCUGUUAUAACAAACAACUUGUAUCCCAGUCUUCAGCCACAGAUGGAUUUACUAGCAUCAGAAGAUGUAGAAAUGCCCACCUUGGCCACAGAUCCACUACUGCCGAGGGCCGAUGCUGUCUUUGAUGUUGAGUUUCAUGAUGUGACCCGGAAGGCACUCAGACCAGAUGGCAAUGGCUAUCAUUUUGGUAAUCAUGCUGUGUUAUCACACUAUCCUAGGUUUCCCCAGAGGACCAGCCAAAACCUCGCCUCGAGUCACACAUAUGAUAAUAUUCACUCCAAUUCAGUAUUACUCCAGCCAGUUAGCCUACACACCGCCACAGCAGCAGCAGCAAACCAGAGGCUGCCACCCUUGCCAAGCAGUCAUCCAGUGAUAAAAGACGGUGAUCUCCAGCCGCCCAAUUACUACGAGGUAAUGGAGUUUGAUCCUUUAGCCCCCACUACAGAAGCUGUUUAUGAAGAAAUUGAUGGUUACCACCAGAAAGGAGCUCAAAGUCAUAGUGACUGCUAAGAUACACAAAGGGCCAGCUCUCUAAAGGAAUCCUUGAUCAGCAGAGGCCUGACAGACAAGACUUGCCAACAGGGAGAGCCCCAGUGGACCAUUUCUCUGCUGGAAGCUUCAACAGAAGAGUUAACACUUCCUGGCCAACACUGCUGUUCCUGACAAUGCCUUGAGACUUCAAGAAAAUCUGGUUGUGAGGAAAACUGCCUAGGACUAGGCCAACUGGUUAAACUGUGAACUCUUACAUUGUGCAGCCACUGCCUGCCAUCAGUACAAAUUAUGACAGAUCUAUGAUGGGGUACUUUAAGAUCGAUCAUCCUACUAUAAAAUAUUAUAAACAGAUGGGGAAAGGAAGAAAAUGAGUGCCUUUAUUUAACUGAAUCUGAAUGUACAAUUCAGUUUGUACUUGUUUAUAAAUAACAUUUUGGUUUAGAAUUGCUUGAGAGACUUGUUUAAUUAUAUUUCAAGUGCCUGAGUAGGCCACUGCAUCAGGUGGCCUAAGAUGUAGUUAGUCCUAUGUAAACAUUCUUGUUAAACAUUCUUGUUUAACAAGAAUGUUAAACAUUCUUGCCUUUUAUUAUAAUUCACAUUCUGAUUUGAAACAAAGACUCUUGGAAAACUGGACGAUGCAUCAUUUACAUAAAAUUAAAUUACUAUUAAUUUGUCA